AAGCUUCCCUACACGCUUAACAAAAACCUACCACCAUCUCCAUUAGAGAGAGAGAGAUAGAAAGAGAGAGAAAGGGAGAGAUAGAUAGAGCAGUGAAGAUCGAAUAAUGGCUCGAGGGAAGAUCCAGAUCAAGAGAAUCGAAAACCAAACAAACAGGCAAGUGACCUACUCCAAGAGAAGAAAUGGGCUGUUCAAGAAAGCUCAUGAGCUCACUGUCCUCUGCGACGCCAAGGUUUCCAUCAUCAUGAUCUCCACUUCUGGCAAGCUCCAUGAAUACAUCAGCCCCUCUACCUCAACAAAGCAGCUGUUCGAUCAGUACCAGAAGACUGUCGGGGCCGAUCUAUGGAACCACCACUUUGAGAAAAUGCAAGAUCAGCUGAAGAAACUGAGAGAUGUUAACAGGGCUCUACGAAGGGAGAUCAGACAGAGAAUGGGUGAGGGUCUUAACGAUCUGAGCUUUGAACAACUGACAGAGCUCAUAGAAGACGUGGACAAUUCUAUCAAGCUUAUUCGCGAAAGAAAGUAUAAGGUGAUUGGCAAUCAGAUUGAGACUCACAAGAAGAAGGUGAGGAAUGUGGAAGAAAUCCACAGAAAUCUGCUACUGGAAUGUGAGGCAAGGCAGGAAGAUCCAUAUGGCUUGGUUGAUCACGAAGGUGAUUACAAUUCUGUUCUUGGAUUUCCAAAUGGAGGCCCCCGCAUACUCGCGUUGCGCUUGCAACCAGACCACCAUCACCACCACCAUCAUCACGGCCAUCUUCAUAGUGGUGGAGGGUCUGAUCUCACUACGUUUACUUUACUCGAGUAGUACUCAUGAUUUGGUCAUCUUCGAUUUAACAUUUUAUAUGUUAAGCACCAAAGAUUUAAAAUGAACUUGUAUUAGUAAUCUCUCGAGUGUCAUCAAAUAAGACUUGGUUUGGGUAUGUAAAAUCGGAUUGAUGUGGGUCCGGUAUUAUUGUAUAAACCAAAACAAAACUACUUUUAACUACUUUGACAUGUUGAAAUGAAUGCCUGCUUAACUUUAAACA